ACCCUGCGGAGGGGCUACGACCUGCUCCGCCACCCGCACUUGAACAAGGGCCUAGCUUUCACGUUGAAAGAGAGACAACAGCUGAAUAUUCAUGGAUUGCUACCUCCUUGUUUUCUCAGUCAAGAUGUUCAAGUAUUAAGGGUUCUUAGAAACUUUGAUAGACAAACAACUGACCUAGACAGAUACAUUCUGUUAAUGGGUCUUCAGGAUCGAAAUGAAAAACUUUUCUAUAAAGUGCUGACUUCUGACAUUGAAAGAUUUAUGCCUAUUGUUUAUACUCCCACCGUGGGUCUGGCGUGCCAACAAUAUGGUAUAGCAUUUCGGAGGCCAAGGGGACUUUUCAUUACUCCCCAUGACCGAGGACAUGUUGCGACAUUGCUUAAAUCAUGGCCUGCACCUGUCAUCAAGGCUGUUGUGGUGACUGAUGGAGAACGUAUUCUUGGCCUCGGAGACCUUGGUUGUUAUGGAAUGGGCAUCCCAGUGGGUAAACUAGCACUUUACACAGCAUGCGGAGGAAUGAAGCCCCAGGAGUGUCUGCCGGUUAUGCUUGAUGUGGGAACUGACAAUGAGAUGUUGCUGAACGAUCCUUUGUAUAUUGGACUGAAACAUAAACGAAUCAGAGGCCAAGCUUAUGAUGACCUUCUAGAUGAAUUUAUGCAAGCUGUGACUAACCGGUAUGGCAGAAAAUGCCUCAUUCAGUUUGAGGAUUUUGCUAAUACAAAUGCAUUCCGCCUCCUGGAGAAAUAUCGUGACCAAUACUGCACUUUCAAUGAUGACAUUCAAGGGACAGCUUCUGUGGCGGUUGCAGGUCUGCUUGCAGCUAUUCGCAUCACUCGCAACAAACUGUCAGAUCACAAAAUACUGUUCCAGGGGGCAGGAGAGGCAGCUCUGGGGAUAGCCAAUCUUGCUGUUAUGGCUAUGGAAAAGGAAGGGACACCGAAAGAGGAAGCCAUCAAAAAGAUAUGGCUGGUGGAUUCUAAAGGAUUAAUAGUAAAGGGCCGUGCCUCACUAACUUCUGAGAAGCAACGAUUUGCCCAUCAACAUGAGGAGAUGAAAAAUCUAGAAGAUAUUGUCAGAAAAUUGAAGCCAACAGUACUUAUAGGAGUCGCUGCCAUUGGUGGGGCCUUUACAAAAAAGAUUCUCAAGGAUAUGGCUUCCUUCAACAAGAGGCCAAUUAUUUUUGCUCUUAGUAACCCAACCAGCAAAGCAGAGUGCUCCGCUGAGGACUGCUAUAAUCUAACUGAGGGUCGUGCCAUUUUUGCAAGUGGGAGCCCUUUUAAUCCCGUCACACUUCCAGAUGGACGCACAUUUUUUCCUGGGCAGGGUAACAAUGUCUAUGUGUUCCCAGGAGUUGCCCUUGGAGUUGUUUCAUGUGGAAUGAGGCAUAUAAGUGAAGAAAUUUUCCUCACUACUGCAGAGGUUAUAGCUCAGCAGGUUUCAGAGCAUCAUUUAGAAGAAGGCCGUUUGUACCCACCUUUAUCUACCAUUCAUGAUGUAUCUCUGAAAAUUGCUGUAAAAAUUGCAGAGGAAGCCUACAGCAACGGCACAGCCACUCUCUACCCUGAGCCAGAAGACAAGGAAGCAUUCAUCCGCUCCCAGGUUUACAGCACUGAUUAUGAAAGCCUUCUGACAGACUCCUACUCCUGGCCCAAAGAAGCAAUGCAAAUACAGAACGGAAUCCUUUAGCCGAAAACUGCACUGCAACCAUCUUGGAA